UUCAAUUCUGUACCGCACUUCUCUUAACCUCAGAGAAAAUGCAAUCCUUGACUGUUAUUUCUUGCUUGUUUCUGGUUUCCAGGGUUUAUGCGGAGCUGAUAACAAGACUGCCGGCUCAACCUGCCAAUGUUUCUUUCAAGCAAUACUCUGGUUACAUUGUUACUGAUGCCAAGCAUGGUCGAGCUUUGUUCUACUACUUUGUGGAAGUGGAUGCUGCAGACCCACUGUUGCAUCCCUUAACUUUAUGGUUCAAUGGAGGGCCUGGAUGUUCAUCUCUUGGCUUUGGUGCAUUUAUGGAACAUGGUCCUUUCCAGCCAGGAGAAGAUGGAAACUUGGUCAAGAAUCAAUAUUCAUGGAAUUUGGAAUCAAAUAUCUUGUAUGUUGAGAGUCCAAUCGGAGUUGGAUUUUCCUACUCCAAUACUAGCUUGGAUUAUAUCGGCGUCAAUGAUACUUUUACAGCUGAGGAGAAUCUGAAAUUUCUUGUUAACUGGUUCAAAGAAUUCCCGCAAUAUAGGAACUCUGAUUUGUUCCUGACUGGGGAAAGCUAUGCAGGCCACUAUGUACCACAGCUUGCUGCUUUAGUGCUGGACUACAAUAAACGUUCCAAUUGCAGACCAAUCAAGCUCAAAGCUCUUGCAUUGGGAAAUCCUCUUUUGGACUGGGAAAUCAGUAUUGACAACACUGAGUUCCUUUGGUCACAUGGAAUCAUUUCGGAUGAACUACUCAUGCUGAGAAAGACAGUAUGUAGUCGCCCUAGGUACGCAAAAGAGAUGAUUCAUCAGAACAUAUCCAAAGAAUGCAAUGAUGUGAUACACAAAGAAGCUGAAGAAAUAAGCGAGUAUACCGACUCUGGGGAUCUGAUUUUGCCCCUUUGCACAUCAACAAGCUCAUUAGGGCAGUCUCUUUAUCUAAGGAAAUUCGAUACACAACAUGCAGAGCUUGGGAUGAAAUCAGUCAUCCCUGGUGAUCCAUGUAUCGGAGAUAGGAUACAUCGAUACCUUAACAAGCCCCCAGUUCAAGAAGCACUCCAUGCAAACACAACUCGUCUUCCGGACGCUUGGGAAUUUUGUGGAGGGCCUGAUUAUCAAAGAGAUAACUUAGGAAUCAAUAUCAUACCUAUUCUAUUGAAACUUCUGAGAAGCCGUGUUCCAAUUCUGUUAUUCAAUGGGGAUCAAGAUUCAAAAAUCCCAUUAACACAAACAAGGAUAAUUGGCAACAUGCUAGCCAAAGAAAUGAAAUUUGUGGCAUUGGGAAACUAUGCUCCCUGGUUUGACACCAUCCAGAAUCAGAUUGGUGGGAGGAGUCAAUCAUUUGGCCAAGCAAGGAAUGGAAAGAAGGUGACGCUUUUGACGUUUGCUACGGUUAGAGGGGCAGCACAUGAAGUUCCCUACACUUCUCCUUCACAAGCUCUCACUCUAUUCCGGGCAUUCAUUAAGGGAUCCCCUUUACCUACAACAAUCAAAAUCCCAAGUUGAUUUUCACUCUCAUGUUUUGCUGCUUCAGUUUGUGCAAUAAAAUACUUUUGUUAUUUUAUAU